GGAGCGGCAUCACAGCUGUAGCAACAAAGAUGGCGUUCAUGUUGACAACGAAACAACGAGUUUAGUCAGACAUUUUUCUGACAUUUUCUCUGAAUUUCAAGCUGUAAAGACAUCUGAAAGCCUUUAAAAAAAUAGACAUGAUUAUCAAGGGUGUUUUUGCAGGUCAUGCCUUCAUAAAAUGUAAAUAGAUUGAGUUAAAUUCAAGUUGUUUUUUGGGGGAGAAUUAAAGCCUAUUAUGAGCAGUCAACCAGCACCUAUGGAAUGGUCACUGGAAGAGUUCGACAUUCAGCCGUCUCUUUGGAGAUUAAUUGAAGAAUUUGUAGCCGAACCUGAACGGCCCGAAAUAAAGGAAGUUAUAGGAGAAGGUUUAAUAGAUGAAACGAUAGUACUCCAUGAAGAGGCUACAUCCUUGCUUGAUAUUUGGAGGGAUUAUCGUGAUGAAACUGAAAAAGAAGAAAAAAACUUGGCACUUAAUAGACAUCUCAGCUCAUUACCAGAACCUCCCAUGAUGAGAGAAAAUCUCAAGAAAGAAAUAAUGAUGUUUGUCGAAAUGCUGCAACAGAAAAACAAUGGCAGUCAAGUAUCCAAAAUCCUUAAUCACAAAGAUGAAAGCAUUGUUGAUUAUGUUUUGGAGACAAGAAGUAAUUCCUCACAAAGUCAGCGACCGUCUACGGCAUCCAGUAGACCAUCCACUGCUAUGAGCUCUUCAAGUGGGCGGCAGACUCCAUUAAGGGUCACACCAAGAAGUGAUGCAAGCAGCUGUGCAUCUUCAGUGAGCAAUCAACUGGAGUCCAUGAAUGAAAGCCUUAAUGCUUUGGAAAUUGAUAGAAUUGUUGAACACCUUAGGGGCUUGUUUGUAGAUGAAAAGAAUAGACUAAAUGAUGAUAUAGCAUUCCUACAGGAUUGCUUGUUUGAGGAGUCAGACUAUCGGCAGCAAGUGCUAUCUACACCUGACCCAGAACCCUCUCUAAAAGAUUUAAGGGAAUUGGGAACUAAACUGGAAAAAGAAAUCCUGAACAACAACAAAAUCCCAACUACUACAAAAUCUUUAAACAAAGGUAAACCAGUUGUCUUCAAGCAACAUUCCUUGGAUGAGCACUCUCUAGAGUAUAACAGAAACAGGGCAUUACCCACCAAACCAAACAUUCCCAAGCCACCAACAUCUCCUCCAGAACGAAAAACCAAAACCUCUCUGCCAAACAGAACAUUCACCAUUUCUACAGGAGGAGGAUGUUGUAGCCAGAAAUUGUCCCCAUCACCACCUGGCUCUGCAUCUAACAGGAAUAUUGUUCCUUCUCCACCAAGUUCUGCUAAGCCACAAGUACAGCGACCUAGCUCUGCUACACGAUUUCGCAGGAUGAUUGUUGAAUGUAGGGAUAGUGCAAAUUAAUAGGAAGUUUUUGGGAUCGUGCUUGUGUUCAAAUCUCCAAGAUGAGGCUGCGAGAGAUGUCAAAUAGGUCACACGCAGCCUUAACUUGGAACAGUUGUUUAUAACAGUUUCCUAACAUGCCCAAGGUUAGGAAAGAAAAAUGAAUUAUUUUUCUAUUGUUUUUUAGACUUGGCACAAUUGAACAAUUUUAGAGUGAUCGUUAAGCUCUUGUUUUGCCUGCGUAGGGGAGUUUUUUGAUGCAGCUGGAUGUAUCUGUAUUAAUGAUUAUUAAAAAUACCCCUCUCUCUCACAUGCACAUGAAUACUCAGUUUUUUAAAACACUAAAGGGUAUUUCACUCGUCAGUAAAACACGCAGAAUUAUCAACAUGACAACCUAUGUUGUGGUGGACGUCAAUAAGUGUUUCCAUAAUUUUGUCUAAAGAAUGUGCCUAAAGAAUUUCAUGGAAAGGCUUUGAUUGACGUGCCUACGUCAAAUGGUAUGAUUCUGAUCCAGUUUUUGAGAGCAGCUGUAAUCAUUUGUAUAAACCUUUCUCAGUAAGAGAAGUUUAGAUAUUUCCCUGGUAAGGUUUGCAAGAUACAUUCCUUAGCUUUCUUAGCAUUAAUGGUUAUCAAUAAUUUAUUAAAAAUUGUACAUAUUGAA